UACAGACCAGGCAAACCCUCCUUCAGACAACCUUGGAGGGCCAGAGGCCAGGGCCAACCCUGGACUAGAAGGAAGGACUUCAAAUCUGACAAAAAGUCAGCAUGAAGGUGCGCGAGCCCCCCUGUCUUGCCUUGGAGGAAGACUAAAUCUUUUCAAGACAGUGUGGGCUCAAAACAUAUCGGAUUCAUGGGUACUGAAGAUCCUCGACGAAGGGUACAAGCUAGACCUCCUCUCCUAUCCAACAAGUACCUUUGUAUCCUCAGAAAAACCCAGAUCCUCAGAAGCAGAAAAGAACUUAAAGAGCAUCCUCUCAGACCUAUUGCUCAGAGGAAUAAUCUCAGAAGUUCCCCAACAAGAUUCUUUCAAAGGAAUCUACUCUCACCUCUUCCUGAAAAGAAAGACGAACGGAACCUUCAGGGUUAUCCUCAACCUCAGACACCUCAACAAGUUUCUCAGAACAAAAAACUUCAAAAUGGAGACUCUGAGGUCCAUAUGCCAACUUAUCGACCACGGGGACUGGAUGGCAAAGAUAGACAUCCAGGACGCAUAUCUCCACAUCCCAAUAUGGGAAACUCACAAAAAAUUCCUGAGGUUCACGAUAUUGGGCAAACACUACCAAUACCAAGCCCUCCCGUUCGGUCUUGCAUCCGCCCCAAGGGUCUUUACGAAGAUACUAGCACCCAUGAUAGCCUUUCUGAGACUCAAAGGCAUCCAAAUCUUCUCUUACCUCGACGAUAUGCUCAUAAAGGCACCAUCACACAACAGGCUUAUACUACAUCUAGAGAUCGUCUUAAAUACCCUGAGACAAUGGGGAUGGAUCAUCAACUUGGAGAAAUCCAAUCUCCUUCCAACUCAAGAAAUUCUAUUCCUAGGAGUCCUAAUCAACUCCAGAAAACUCCAAGUAAGACUCCCAGAAGACAGAGUCUCGGACAUAAUCCACCAAGUGAGACAACUAUCUCUCCAUCCCAUCACAACGGCGAGGAUAUGUCAACAAGUCUUGGGGAAACUUACAUCUACCAUAGACUCAAUAAAAUGGGCCAGAUUCCAUACGAGGCCUCUCCAAGAGGACUUCCUAAAAAAAUAGGACAGGAAUCACGAGAGGGACUCGCAACUGAUCCACUUAGACCCCAACACAAUCUCUCAAAUGUCCUGGUGGCUCAAAAGAGAAAACCUGGAAACUCCGGUAUCCUUAGCCCCCCAGAAAUGGGAAACAGUCACGACGGACGCAAGCCACAUGGGCUGGGGAGCCCAUUACAAACUAAUCCAGAUCCAAGGAAAAUGGACCCAUUCAGAGAGCAAGAAAUCCUCCAACUGGAGAGAACUGAAGGCGGUUUCGUUAGCCAUCUACCGCCUCCAAAAACACCUAAAGGACAAGUCCAUCCUAAUCAGAUCAGACAACUUAACCACAGUAAGUUAUAUCAACAACCAGGGGGGGACCAGGUCCAGACAGUUGUCCUCCUUGACCACAGCUAUUUUCGAAUGGGCACAAAAGAACGUGAUAACCAUCAAAGCUUCCUACAUCCCGGGCCCUUCGAACUCCCUAGCGGAUCAUCUCAGCAGGAAGUUCCCAGCUAUAGGAGAAUGGGAACUGAACCAGGAUGUAUACCACACGAUCUGCAAGAAAUGGGGCAACACAUCCAUCGACCUAAUGGCAACUUUCAAGAACAAAAAGAACAAAGUGUUCUGCUCAUGGCAGAGGGACCCCAGGACAACAUACUGGGACGCGUUCUCCUUCCUAUGGAACUUCCCCCUAGCAUACAUUUUUCCUCCAAUAUCCAUGAUAGCGAGAACUAUCAAGAAAAUACAAGAGGACAAAGCACAUGUGAUCCUCAUCACACCCUGGUGGCCAAGGAGACCCUGGUUCCCUCUCCUCUUCCAUCUAUCCCUACAGAAGCCAUUCCGUCUUCCCGUCACUCCAGACCUACUCCAUCAGGGACCAAUACUACAUCCAGAUCCAGGGAACUGGGCCCUAACUGCCUGGAACCUGAAAGGAUGAAACUGAAGGGACUGGGGCUCUCCGACGAGGCCAUCAAGACCCUCACAGCAUCCAGAAAAAUAUCAACAUCCUCCAAAUACUACAAAAUUUGGGAAAAAUUCUCCAGCUGGGGACUGGGAAAAUACGGAGAGGCCUUCUCCAUUUCUGAAAUCUCCAUCAUAGAGUUCUUACAGUCUGGGGUAGAGGCCAGCCUCAGCACCUCUACCCUAAAAGGGCAGAUCUCUGCCAUUUCUGCUUACACAGACAACCAAUGGGCCUCCCGUCCACUCAUCAAACAAUUCUUCAAGGCUCUCUCCAGACUUCGCCCUCAAAACAGGGACUCGGUUCCCCCAUGGGACCUAUCUCUAGUCCUAGACGCUCUGACCAGAGCUCCCUUUGAACCUUUAGAGGAUGUUCCCCUAGAAAUCCUCUCAUUGAAAACCACGUUCCUGCUGGCCAUCUCCUCAGCCAGAAGAGUGGGCGAACUCCACUCUCUUUCCACCAGGGAGAGCAAGAUAACCUUCCUCCAUGACAAAGUCAUCCUGAAAACCAGGGACAACUUCAUCCCCAAGGUAGUCUCAAAAUUUCACAUGUCCCAGGACAUAAUACUACCAACCUUCUUCGACAAUCCCCAAAACGAAGAAGAAAACAGACUUCACCACCUAGACGUCACCAGAUGCCUGAAAAUCUAUCUCCAGAGAGUCGCAGACUUCAGAAAGUCAGACAACCUCCUCUUAAUUCAUGAGGGUUCUAAGAAAGGCCUUGCAGCCUCCAAAAAAACCAUCUCUACAUGGAUUAGAGACUGCAUACAAUCGGCUUACUCCUCUCAGACAGUACCUGGGCCUACUUCUCUAAGAGCACACUCUACCAGAGGAAUCGCGGCUUCCUGGGCCUUCCAUGCCCAAGUAUCGGCUGAUACCAUAUGCAGAGCAGCUACCUGGAAGAACCUCCACACCUUCUCCAAACACUACUGCUUUGACAUUUUCUCCAACGAUAUAGCUGAAUUUGGGCGCAGUGUCCUUUCAGCGGCUACAAUAAAAGCUCAUAACUAAUCCCUCCCUAAUGUGUUGCUUUUGUACAUCCCUUUACUGCCCACUGCCAUGUGUAAGGACAGGAAAGCAGAAAAUCUAUACAUACUUACCGUGAUUUUCUUUUCCUGGACUGGAACAUGGCAGUGGGCAGGGGUUCCCUCCCUAAAAUGGGGGUAUUAUCUCCAGCCAUUGAGAUGGGCGCGGGUGGGACCCGGAAGGGCUUUUAUUCUAUUUCCUGUGCCUUCCUACGUCAGGGGGAUUUAACCCUUUACUGCCCACUGCCAUGUUCCAGUCCAGGAAAAGAAAAUCACGUGAAUAGAUUAUUAUUUGAACUACAUCUUCCAGCAUCCUAUGCAGGAAGGGUGGGCUGGAGCCUGCGUGCAGUCAUUCCACAGUCUUU